AUGGAUGAGUCUGAUGGUACGAAGAUUAGGAACAUAUGUAUCUUAGCACACGUAGACCACGGCAAGACGACGCUCGCUGACCACCUGAUUGCUUCCUCCGGUGGCGGUGUACUUCACCCGAGGCUCGCCGGGAAGCUUCGGUUCAUGGACUAUCUCGACGAAGAACAAAGGCGAGCAAUCACGAUGAAGAGCUCUUCGAUUUCUCUCAACUACAAAGGCCAUUCUCUCAACCUAAUCGAUUCCCCUGGGCACAUGGACUUCUGCAGCGAGGUCUCAACAGCUGCUAGGCUCAGUGACGGAGCGUUGGUUUUGGUUGAUGCUGUUGAAGGCGUUCACAUUCAGACUCACGCUGUGUUGCGUCAAGCUUGGAUCGAGAAGUUGACUCCUUGCUUGGUGCUCAACAAGAUUGACCGGUUGAUUUGUGAGCUGAAGUUGAGCCCCAUGGAAGCGUAUACACGUUUGAUAAGGAUUGUUCAUGAGGUUAACGGGAUAGUGAGCGCGUAUAAGUCUGCGAAGUAUUUGUCCGAUGUUGAUUCCAUCAUCGCGAGCUCUUCAGGUGAGAUGUCUGCUGAUGAGAAUCCUGAGUUUUGGGAAGAUGAUGAAGAAGUUACGUUUCAGCCUCAAAAGGGAAAUGUGGUUUUUGUCUGUGCUUUGGAUGGUUGGGGUUUUGGGAUCUCUGAGUUUGCUAAUUUCUAUGCGUCAAAGCUCGCUGGACUUAGUGUGACUAAUCUGCAGAAAGCGUUAUGGGGUCCUCGUUAUUACAAUUCCAAGACGAAGAUGAUUGUUGAGAAGAAGCAUUUGAGUGCUGAGAGCAAGACGAAGCCAAUGUUUGUCCAGUUUGUGCUUGAACCUCUGUGGCAGGUCUACGAGGCUGCGCUAGAUCCUGGAGGUGAUAGAACCGUUCUUGAGAAAGUGAUCAAAAAUUUCAAUUUGGUUAUUCCGCCACGUGAACUUCAGAACAAGGAUCUUAAAAACGUGCUUCAGUCGGUGAUGAGCCGGUGGCUUCCUUUGUCUGAUGCAGUCUUGUCAAUGGCUGUGAAGCAUCUGCCAGACCCCAUUGCAGCGCAGGCGUUUAGAAUCCCGAGGUUGGUUCCAGAGAGGAAAAUCAUCGGUGGUGGCGAUGUUGAUCCAGGUGUCCUUGCGGAAGCAGAGCUCGUUAGAAAAUCGAUCGAAGCUUGUGACUCUAGCCGUGACGCCGCUUGCGUUGUGUUUGUGUCGAAAAUGUUUGCUGUUCCCAUGAAGAUGAUUCCUCAAGAUGGAAACCACAGGGAGAGGAUGAAUGGUUUAAACGACGAGGACAGUAGAAGCGAGUCGGAUGAGUGUUUUCUCGCAUUCGCUAGGAUCUUUAGCGGAGUUCUUCGCGCUGGACAGAGAGUCUUUGUGAUUUCCACUCUAUAUGAUCCUCUCAAAGGUGAGUCGUCUCAGAAGUAUUUUCAAGAAGCAGAGCUUCAUUCCAUCUAUCUCAUGAUGGGACAAGGUUUAACACCGGUAAACGAGGUUAAAGCCGGGAAUGUAGUGGCUAUUAGAGGUCUCGGACCGUAUAUUUCGAAAAGCGCAACACUUUCAUCUACUAGAAACUGUUGGCCUUUAGCUAGCAUGGAGUUUCAAGUCUCUCCCACUCUUAGAGUGGCGAUUGAGCCAUCGGAUCCUGCGGAUAUGAGUGCUCUGAUGAAAGGGUUAAGACUUUUAAACAGAGCAGAUCCGUUUGUGGAGAUCACUGUGUCAGCUAGAGGAGAACAUGUGCUUGCAGCUGCUGGAGAAGUUCAUCUAGAGAGAUGUGUGAAGGAUUUGAAAGAUAGAUUUGCGAAAGUGAACAUUGAAGUAUCUUCACCUCUCGUGUCCUACAGAGAGACGAUCGAAGGCGAUGGAUCUAAUCUCUUGGAAAGUUUGAGGUCUCUGAGCUUGAAUUCUUCUGAUUACGUUGAGAAGAGGACUCCAAAUGGCAGAUGCGUUAUCAGAGUACACGUCAUGAAACUACCGCACGCGCUUACGAAGCUCCUCGAUGAGAACACUGACUUGCUCGGUGACAUCAUCGGAGGUAAAGGCAGUCACAGCGUUACGUUACUAGAGUCACAAACGCCGAGCAUCGAAGGGAAUGUUGAUCCCAUCGAGACGUUGAAGAAAGAGCUAAUCGAAGCUGGCGUUUCAACGAGUCCUGAAUCUGAAAAGGAUCGUGAGAAAUGUAAAGCCGAAUGGUCGAAGCUGCUCAAGAGGAUUUGGGCGCUUGGUCCACGAGAGAAAGGUCCGAACAUACUCUUCGCUCCAGACGGUAAACGAAUUCGCGACGAUGGAUCGAUACUCGUGAGAGGCUCUCCUCAUGUCUCUCAGAGACUUGGCUUCACAGAAGAGUCCACCGAGGGAGAAGCAUCUGAAGAAGAGGCGUUGCACAGUGAAGCACUGACUCUAGAGAGCAGCAUCGUCUCCGGUUUUCAGCUAGCGACAGCUUCAGGACCUCUAUGCGACGAGCCAAUGUGGGGAUUAGCAUUCACCAUCGAGUCUCACCUCGCGGAAGAUUCCGAAACAGAGAAGCAGCAACCGGAGAACUUUGGGAUCUUCACAGGACAAGUCAUGACGGCUGUGAAAGACGCUUGUAGAGCCGCGGUGCUUCAGACGAACCCGAGGAUCGUCGAAGCAAUGUACUUCUGCGAGCUGAACACCGCGCCGGAGUAUCUUGGUCCGAUGUACGCGGUUUUGAGCAGGAGACGAGCUAGGAUUCUCAAGGAGGAAAUGCAAGAAGGUUCGUCUAUGUUCACUGUCCACGCGUACGUGCCGGUUUCGGAGAGCUUCGGUUUCGCGGACGAGCUGAGGAAAGGAACGUCUGGUGGUGCGAGUGCGUUGAUGGUUCUUAGCCAUUGGGAGAUGCUCGAGGAAGAUCCGUUUUUCGUUCCGAGGACGGAAGAGGAGAUCGAAGAGUUUGGCGACGGAGCAAGCGUGCUUCCCAACACGGCGAGGAAGCUCAUCGACGCCGUGCGACGCAGGAAAGGGUUACAUGUUGAGGAGAAGGUUGUUCAACACGCUACUAAACAGAGAACCUUGGCUCGUAAAGUUUGA